GUUAGCUACGAUCAACUAAUGCGGUUAUCGUCUGAGAAGACUGCCGUAUGAAAUCUUUCUGUUUCGAGUCUGACAACCAAAAAAUUCGCCAGGCCUGACAUUAUUUGUAAAGGUACUUAAAACAACACGUAAUCAACUACACAUUUCGAGAUGCUAAAGAUUUGUUUAAGUCUUAUUAUCUUGCUCUUGAUGAUUGGUUCUUCCACAUCUCUGCACUUCAGCAAAUUCAACAAAUUUGAAUGCUACAUGCUCAGAAGUGCAGCUAAAAGAAUCCAAGUUUUCAUCACGAUUUCUUCAGUUACGGUUUCGACCACGCAGGAUGGGAUUGUUAAGAGGCAACUCGAAGUGAACUGGGUUGGAGGCCAGCCAUCUCCAGGUGACAGUGUUGGUGUUUACACAGAGGAUCCCGAAUUAAAUCCAUUAAUAGAGCCCAUCAUAUCCAUUAAUCCUUCUAGUCAUCCUGAUGGCUAUUUUAAAACUCACGUAGAACUUCCAGUUAUCUUUUUUAACAUGAGUUGCUUACGUCAAGAACACUGCUUAGGAUACUGGGCUGCUUACAGUAACAAAAACGGAAAAAUUCUUUCUUCAUCUUGUCUUCGAAUUCGUCCUUUCUGGAUGGAAAAGCAUUCCAGAUAUUUAUCCAAACUGACGCUGGCAGAAGCCAUGAUUCCUGGCAGUCACGAUUCAGGCAGUUUCUACUUUCAUAAAGCGACGCAAGCCAUCCAAAGAUACAAAUACACUCAGGAUGAAUCCAUAUUUAGUCAACUGAUAUACGGACUCAGAUAUUUUGAUUUGAGAAUUGGUUAUUACACCCACAGCGAGGAGAAGUAUUACAUCAAUCACAAUUUCUUGAGGACAGAGCAUUCGGUGAAAUCCGUCCUUCAUGAGGUGCUCCAAUUCAUAAACGCUACUAAAGAAGUUGUGAUACUCGAUUUCCACAAAUUUCCCAUCGGUUUCAGCCAAGAAUCUAUUCAUUAUGGGCUGAUGGACAUCAUAGUUCGUACCUUAGGAGCUUACCUUAUUCCUAGUACACCAUCUUAUCAUAGUAUGACAUUCAGGCAAUUGUGGAAGGAAAACAAAAGAGUUCUGGUAAGCUAUGACAGCGAAUUCAGAGAUCGUCGCUAUCCCAACAGCUUUUGGCCAGCCAUUCCGAGAGCUUGGGGCAAUAAACAACACCCACAAGACCUGAAGCGAUAUUUUGAAGAAACAUACAAGAAACCGAGACCUGAAGGUCUCUGGGCCUCCAUGGCAGAACUGACGCCAAACGCCAGAACAAUUCCUCGCCACCCAUUCACCGGUCUUCGAAUAUUCGCCGACUUGAUCAACAGAAACGUCACUCGAUGGUUUAGAGAUCUGUUCUGGCGAAAAGCCAAUAUCAUUGCCACAGAUUAUUUCUUAGGAAAUAAUAUAAUAGAUGUUGCCAUACAGAUAAAUAAAAUAAAAGGAUACUGUCCAAAAGAAACUUUUGGAUAACAGCGUAAACAUAAUACGCCA